AAGAGAGAGAGUGAUAAAGAGAGAGAGAGAGAGAGAGAGAGAGAGAGAUGCAGCAUGGAGAGCAGGUAUUUAAUUGGCAAUAAGUACAUUUUAUAGUAAGCUCUAGGGACAAAACCUCUUCACACAGCAGUCUGAGGGGUGACAGAAAGCGUGCAAGCCAGCAGCUACUCAAGGAAAGUUUGGUCACACAUGUGCAAACAUGUCCCACAGGUCUGCUGCUACUACUGAUGCCUCCGUUAAAGGCAAGGGCUCUUCCGAAAACGGGUCUGAUGGGCACAUCCCAAACAAGAAUCUGAAUGGCCUGGCUCCCCAGGAGAAAGUGGAGCUGAAGAAGAAAGUCACCCUGUUACGAGGAAUCUCAAUCAUUAUCGGGACCAUUAUCGGAGCCGGGAUUUUCAUAUCACCAAAAGGAAUUCUGAAGCACUCAGGCAGUGUGGGAAUGUCCCUGGUCAUUUGGUCUGUCUGCGGAGUCCUUUCCCUGUUUGGGGCCUUGUCUUAUGCAGAACUUGGGACAUCUAUUAAGAAAUCUGGUGGUCACUACACCUAUAUCCGUGAAGCCUUUGGUCCACAAAUGGCAUUUAUGAGUGUGUGGGCAGAGGUGAUGGCAAUAAGGCCUUCUGCAACAGCAGUCAUAUCCCUGGCGUUUGGACGUUACAUUUUGGAACCCAUAUUCAUGCCAUGUGAUGUACCCGAGCUUGCAGUGAAACUAAUCACAGCCAUUGGAAUAACUGCGAUUAUGUCCCUGAACAGCUUGAGUGUAAGCUGGACAGCACGGCUCCAGAUCCUUCUGACCAUCAGCAAGCUAGUAGCUAUUUCCCUCAUAAUUGUACCUGGGAUGUUCCAGCUCUUCAAAGGUGAAACUCAGAACUUUGAAAAUGCCUUCAGUGUUGAAAAUAUUAAAAUUACAAGCCUUCCUCUUGCCUUUUACUCUGGAAUGUAUGCCUAUGCUGGAUGGUUUUAUUUGAAUUUUGUCAUUGAAGAAGUGGACAAUCCAAAAAGGACUGUUCCUCUGGCCAUCUGCAUCUCCAUGGCGAUUGUCACUAUUGCCUAUGUGCUGACUAAUGUGGCCUAUUACACUGUAAUGACAGCUGAGGAAUUGCUUGCUUCAGAAUCAGUUGCUGUGACCUUUGCAGAUAAAUUAAUGGGGAACUUUUCACGGGUGGUCCCAAUAUUCGUGGCCUUAUCCUGCCUUGGAUCAAUGAACGGUGGCCUCUUUGCAGUUUCCAGGUUAUUUUACGUGGCCUCACGAGAAGGUCACCUUCCUGACAUCCUCUCCAUGAUCCACAUCCGUCGACAUACACCGCUUCCCGCCGUAUUUGUCCUGCAUCCACUGUCAAUGAUAAUACUGUUCUUUGGAGACAUCUACAGCCUGUUGAACUUUUUGAGCUUUGUGCGCUGGCUCAACAUUGGUAUCGCAGUUUCCGGGCUCAUUUACCUACGUUACACACGCCCCAAAAUGCCCCGUCCCUUUAAGGCUCCUCUGUUCAUGCCAGUCCUGUUUUCCUUCACCUGCUUCUUCAUGGUGUUCCUUUCUCUAUAUUCGGACCCAUUCAACACUGGGAUUGGGUUUGCCAUCUUCUUGACUGGUAUUCCAGCUUACUACAUCUUCAUUGUGUUCAACGCAAAGCCAAAAUGGUUACAGAAACUCUGCGCUUCAGUAAGCAGGUCCAUGCAAAUCCUCCUGGAGGUCGUCCCAUCUGAACAUUAAAGCAGUGGUGAAAAUUAGUUACUCAAUGCAAAGUAGUCCUAUUGUUGUUUGACUAAAUGUCAUAUACAAGUCAGAAAAACAUUGUUUCCCUAAGAUUUAAUGGUGUGACGCAUCAUAUUUGAUGUCAGCGGGUACUAUUUCCAAUGCAGUAUUUGCCAAAAAAUAAUUAACUGAGACUGAUUCAUAAAAAGAGACUUGUUUUGACCUUGUUUUGAAAGUGUCAAAGUACAUUUUUAUGUUUCAGGCAUGUACUCAAAUAAACAUACGUUUACACAACACACAAUCAGAUUCUUUAAUAAAAUGUCACAUUUGUUUGCACUGAUUAUAAUGCUGUUUUUUCUUUAUUGCAUUUUUUAAUAUUCAAGAAAACUGAACAUGAACUGAACUGUUACAAAUUGGGGAAAGAGUAGAUGUGAAUUUGUUGUACAUAUUUUUACUGUCCUUCAAUAUGGCAAAUAAAGGAAAUUAACAGAAA